UUGUAAUUAAAUAAUAUGUAUAUGCUACUAAGUUGCAUAAGUUCUAUAGUAUUUUUUUAUGAUGAAAACAUUAAUUAAAUGGAAACGAAUUUAAAUGAUCGUCCAAAGCCUUACGUAUGAGCAAUAUGAUCCUAACGAGUAUUUUUAGAAUUCCUGUAUUGUUUGUUUUGAUUUAAGCUUAAAUUUCUCACCGACAGAGCGACUGGAUUCGGCACAUUUUAAUGUAAAAAAUAAAUUGUCAACGAUUCACCUGGCGAUUUUACGUUCACGUUCGACUGUAAUGCGACCUUUACUCUCGGUUGCAGCUUGAGUAAACAUGAACGUAUAAAUGGUAUCUUACAUCAAAAGACAGGACAUUCAAUUUUUCUACUAUUUAGACCUUAAGACAUGUUAAAAUGAUGAAUUAAUUGCAUUCCCUUGUGACUCCCCGCUGAUUAUCAUUUUUCACUGAGAACAAAGCGGGGAAUUACAAUCGAAUACAUUUCCAACAACUCCCUCAAAUAUGGUGACCCCCGAAAGGCGCUUUUCCAUCACACUCUGAUCCCAUUAAUGCACCUUGCGUGAACCAGAUGGUAAAUGUAUCAUCGAAUCAUCGAAUGUCAUGAGAUUUUGGUUUCACGCUUCACAGCGCGACGCUAUUUCGCGGAAUGUCUGGUCGCACGGUGAGUGUUGAUCAAACAAUUUCGCACGAAACCAUGCAUUGUCUAGCGGGUACUGAUCGUUGGCUAGAGAUCGUCCCUGAUAAUCCGCUUGAUCACAUCGUUUGUGUACAAGGUGAUACGAUCACGCCAUUACAGGUUCACACACACGCCAAUGGAAAAGUUGUGAUCUAAAGUUUUAUUUGCAAAUUGACUGAACAAAAGUAGCAGCAUGUCUUCGACGGAAAUAGAGCAAACAGCAGUGUUGGUAGCACAGCUCGCUCAGUUGUGCCUGAACGCCGACAAUGCGGACGUCACCUUUAUCGUGAAGGGGCAACAUCUGCCAGCGCAUCGGAUCAUCCUGGCGACCAGAAGUGAAUAUUUCCGGGCAUUAUUAUUUGGUGCGCUGAAGGAGUCAAAGCAGAAUGAGAUUACACUGGACGUUUCGGUCGACGCGUUCCGGUAUCUGAUGAAGUACAUCUACACCGGCAGUUUGUCGCUGAAACAGAUGAAGAUCGGCGACAUUCUAGAUACACUUGAGCUAGCUCAUCAGUAUGGGUUCAUCGACCUACAGAAGGCUUUAGCAAAUCACCUGGGCAAAGUGAUUGGCAUGAACAAUGUGUGCGUUAUUUUAGAAACGGCUCGUUUACUAGACCUUACCGAACUGUCUUCCACGUGCUACACGUUUAUGGACGGAAACGCGACCAGUAUCAUUCAACCGUAUAAGUUCCGUAGCAUCGCCUACGAGGCCCUGUUCAGUUUAUUGCAGCGGGAUACUUUCGCCGCUGAUGAAGUCGAUAUUUUCAACGCUGUUCAUGGUUGGUGUCGAUGCAAUGAAGCCGAACCGGAUAAAGCUGAGAAGCUUUAUAACUUGGUACGGUUUACGCUGAUGUCUCAGCAGGAGCUGUUGAAUGUGGUGCGUAGUACGAAUGUGCUGAACCCGAACCGUUUGCUGGACGUAAUGGCUGAGAAAGAAAAGCUAACCAUAUUGCCUUUUCGUGGUGUAUCCAGUUUGCCAGAGCAGAUUGUAGACAGUAAUAAGAUUAAGCAGUGCAACGCAUCUUCAUGUUCAUGUAGCCGAAAUGAUAAAAUCGAUUGGAGUUUAUAUGAAUGAGUCAACGGUAUCCAAGUGGAGGGAAGGAGGGAAGGCCGGAACUAUUAUUACCAAACAAAGUGUACCGUAGAAGUAUCAACCGAUAAAAUAGCGUUGGAUCGAAGGUGCCAAAUCGAAGGUGUGACUCUCCAAAUUUGACCCAUUUUGGGAUAAGGAUAUUGUUCGUUACAUUCGUAUUGCGCAAGCUAAAGAUGUGUCUGAAGUUGGAGUGAUUAAAGCCAUGUUUCAUAAACCUAACUGUGGCUGUAAGACUUGAUGAGCGAAAUGGCAAAAUGUAAUCGAUCCUUUUAUUGAUGUAGAAGAUAGUUCUGACAGUUGAAGAUGCGCCUCGACCUCAACCGCAUACCCGAAUAACACGAAUAAUGAGUUAAAGUAUAUUAUUUUAUCACGAAUUCCUGAACUUUUUUUUUUUAUUUGUGUUAUGUUUUAGUAAAACCUAGCUAGUUUUAAUCAACUUUAUGUUUUGUCUUUAUGUUUGAAUGUUUUAUGUAAGCCGGUC